GAAUAUGGUUCAUGUCGAACGUUGUUUGGUAACGGUAGCUCCAUACACACGAUGACAAAUGGUGAAAGUGUUGUUGAUAUAUAUGAUGGUUCUAGGAUCUUGUGUGAUAGUAAAGGUAACGUUUCCUACUUUCCUCGUGACUUAAAUGAAGUUCAUCGUGAUCAUGGUGAUGAUGACGUCAAUUCUGUCAGGAAUCGUCAAGGGGGUGUUUAUUAUCUACGCACUACAUCACAACAUUGCUGUGAUCAUAAGGACAACUGUGGAAAUACAUUCUCUGUGUUUAGUAAUGGUGAUAUAAAAGUUGAUAAAGUCAAUAAUACAGAUACAACAGAAAAAGCAGACAUUUUACCCGUCCCACGAUUCUUUGUGAUGCGUCGUGAUGGUACUGGGUUUGAAUUGUUACGUCAUCAAGACGUUGACGAAUACUUGAAAGCUGCUGAAGAUAACGUUGCUACGGCUGUUUUAAGAACUCCUAUUGAGGGUUUACCAAACGUCACCGGAGUUACUGUACUAAAACCUUUCUCAGAAGGAGAAGGAAGAAAAUGGCUAAAACACAAAGAUGAAAGUAAUCUUGUUCCGCUUGCUUUACGGGAAAGAGACUUUACGCAGUUUCCACCGACAGAAAAAAAGAAAGAUGGACCAAAAUUUGAUACCAAUGCAGGUUUCGGAGUAGUCAUUGGCAACAUGAGAAAAGCCGUUGAUGUAAAACCAUUAUUAACUUGUCCCAAAGUCUUGGUUUUGCGUCAUUUUGUUCAAUAUGAGCCUUCGGACAUCGUACAUCGCGAGACUAUUUCAGCGGCAUUCCGUCAAUAUGGCGAGUACGUGACAAAACUUCAACUUCAGUGCGAUAACUGUCUGCCGAAGGAGUCACGUGACAGGGAAGAAGUAAAAAGAGCAAAUUGAUUGGCU